AUGCCUACUCUCAUCACCAUACCUCCUGAGCUCGUUCGACAGAUCGCGGACCACCUCACUUCAGACGAUCUCAUCAAUCUUCGCUUGGCCUCGCUCGCUUUCUACGACUAUUUUACCGGAAGCGAUACGCUCGAAUGGGCUCACAAGCUUUUCUUUCCUACGUCCUACGAGAAGUUGAGAAAGGAGUUCACCAAGCAGAAACUCGAAUACGACCCUACAUCUUUCGACAAGGAGUACGUCCGCAGCCGGCGUUGGAAGACUAAUUCUCCUACCAGUAUACAUCAUUACGAUAUAACGAAGGAUGCUAGGUUCAUAAUAGAUCAAUCGGAAGAUGUGAUGGUCUACGAACGCGCCAGAGGUCAGAUAAUCAUCCAGGAUAUCGGCAAAGGCUUCGACACAUCGAUGGAGCAUGUCUUGAGCAUGAAUUACUUACGUUGCAUGUUACUCCCGAGGCUCGACUUUGGAGAGAGACUGAUGCUACACGCCAAUGGGGGUGUACUCCUGGUGGUCGGAUACGCACACACGCAUCAAAAUGUGGACUUCAUCACAGUCACAGAGGAACAUCCACCAGAGCCCGCUCAUCCUGGAAUAUUAGAGCAAAUAGGACAAUUGCUUCAUCUCGUUGAUCGUGGACAACCCAUCGCCCCGGUGACAACGACACGUGAAGUACUAGUCACCACGAAUCUUCCGCCACAUACGCAGUGCGCAGUCUUCUCUCUGAAGCAUAGAAACCGCGGGCAACUUUUGGCCAGCUGGCACGAACUAGACGGAUUUAAUGACAAAGCGGCGGUCAACGAAUUCUAUGUCAUAUCACAAUUCCAUCCGACGGAGCAUCGCUUGCACGGGUAUAUCUUCCCCCGCGACGGGGUUACUGAACAUCGUUUCGCUAUGAGAGAAACUGGAUUUCGGCAGAUGGGUGUGGCGUUGGCGGCAGAUACCCAGGGUAAGGUAUUCUAUGUUGCUUACAUGUGUCCCGCUCUCACUCGGUUCCCUGUCGUGGAAAUCCACGCUACGCCAAGCCCGAUUUCCGCUAGCGCGUGGGGUCAGCCUUCUCUCUUAAAGAGAGUUGUGGUUCGCUGUCUCGGUCUUCCUCUUCCACCACCCAUAACACCAGAUUUCGACGUACACUCCUUUUUGAAGGAAAACCACCUCACAUUCGACGAGGCCACCACGGCCGGACUGGAGGGAUGCGACGCGAGGGGGAAGAAGGGGAGGCGAGGAGUCGGAGAAGAGAUGAUCCGACUGCGGCUCGUGGGACGCACCGGCGAUACCAGCGACGCCGGAUUCGACUAUGAGAUGGUGAGUUGGGACAUCAGUGCCCGACCAAGCCCACUCAGGCCGUCUUCCGGUGAGCUCUUCAGCCAGGGGGUCCACUGGCAAACCGACCAGACUGUCCCAGAGGACACAUCCCCGUACGUGAACGUGUGCGGGGUUGUUGAUCUCGACGACGUCUACCCGAAGCCGGCUUACCUUAGGUAUCCGGGAGAGGGAAGUGUUGUGAUGCGGUCGGCGUCCACGAUGGAUGUCGACCGCUUCGAGGGUAGGCGCGACCUGGUUCGCUGCCUCCCUGUUUGCUCGGUGUCGGGAGUGGAGGGAGGAGACGGCGACCAUUUCGCGGUGUUUUACACCGACCAGCCAGAGAUGCUGGUCCAGCCGUCUCCAAACUCCCUGGAUCGUGGCAGCCUGGUGCUCGGCACCACUGUCGCGGUCCACCCGUACCCCGAUGUACCCGGCAUCGACGACGAAGACUUUGUGCCUCUUGGGGAGUACUUCAGUACCCCGACCGUCGAGAUGCCGUUCAGGGCCGGCACGACGCAGCAUGGACUGAGAAUCCCUGCGCCGUUGUUCGGUUCUGGUACCAUCGGGGUUGACCUCGAGCAGAAGCGGUACGCGGUGUAUUACACAGCCGCAGUCGGGGGGAGGCAGGGGGAGAGGAAGAUUGUUAUGCUCCGCUAUCGUUAA